AUGUUCACAAAUACAUCGAGUACUGAGACAUCACUUUUGAAGGAACGUUCAAGGACUCUAAAAGCGUUGUUCGUUUCUGACAGCGAAGGCGUCGUUCGUACCGAACAUAAUUUCAUUAACGUAUGCAAUUACACAAAAAGGACAACAGGCUUGCUCACAGAACACUAUGAGACAGAACAUCUGAUCAUCAGAAGGGGACAGACAUUUCAUUUCACUGUGACGUUUAACAGAGAAUACAAACCUGACAUUGACAACAUUGUACUACAGUUUGAGAUAGCACAGCUGCAUAAGACUUAUCUCAUGGAAGAAACUGCACGCCCCGUCACUUCAAACAUCUACAAGGACUUUUCUCCGAUUGGUCAGUAUGAAGUAUUUAUAGAGACAAUAAUGAUCGAUGACAAGAAAUCAGUGUUUAAGUACAAGGAUGGUGGCACAGUCUGCGUCUUGUUUAACGCCUGGUGCAAAGAGGACUCCGCAUACAUGGCGAGAGAAGAUUAUCGAAGAGAAUAUGUGUUAAAUGAAUUUGGAUACAUCUGGGUGGGUUCUGCGAAACAAAAGGAGGAAAUGCCUUAGACGUUCGGCCGGUUUGAAGACGUCUCACUGGAAUGUGCAUUAUGGCUGAUAAACAAAACGCGACUCUCUGCAACUUCGAGAUCCAGUCCAAUCCAGAUUUCACGAAUUAUAACCGCAAUGGCAAACCACAGGGAUAGUGAUGGUGGAAUUUUAUUUGGACGAUGGACUGAGAAGUACCCCAAGAACUGCACUCCGCCAUUUGCUUGAACCGGAAGUACAGCCAUUCUGGAAAAAUUCAUGAAAAAGAAGUCUUCUGUGAGAUUUGGGCAGUGCUGGGUGUUCUCGGGACUGGUCACUACACUGCUGCGAGCGUUGGGAUUACCCACCCGUAGUGUAACAAACUAUGAAUCCGCGCAUGACACUGACAAUAGUAUGACUAUCGACUUUCGCCGGGAUGAAGAGGGCAAUCCGUUGGAUGCAUUCAAUGAUGAUUCGGUCUGGAAUUUCCACGCGUGGAACGAAUCAUGGUUCAAGCGUCCUCAGGCUGAUUUACUAGAUGGACAUGAUGGAUGGCAGGCGCAUGACGCCACACCUCAAGAGAUAAGUGAAGGUGUCUUCCGUUGCGGUCCUGCCUCUGUAAAGGCAGUUAAGAACGGCUAGGUGUAUCUCCCUUAUGACACAGGCUUUGUUUUUGCUGAGGUGAAUAGCGACCGGGUGAACUGGGAUGUAGAUGGUGACGACGGCGUAAUGAAGGCUGGCUAUGUGGAUAAACACAGCAUUGGCAAGUCCAUCAGCACGAAAAAGCCUGGUAAAGGCUGCCGCAGACUGGACGUCACUUCAGCCUACAAACACCCUGAGCUUUUAAUGGAAGUCGUUGAAGUUGAUGUAGUCAGUAAACAAAUUGACCCGAGUUUUGAAAAAAAGACGUCAAACGCCCUCAAGGCAGACUGCAUUAUUCAGAGAGUAACAUUUAACCCAAAUAGAGCUUCUCCUGGUGAGAUCCUAAGGGUUCCUGUUUCAAAGCUUGAUAAUGAUGUAGUACUUGUGCCUGGAUCGCUUGCACUCGUCUUCAACAUGACAGUCAGUGGCCAUGCAAACAAUUUCCUCGUGAACAAUUUAUCAAGAGCUCUUGUUGAUAGACUCACUUUGAAGUUUGCAGGAGAAAUUGUACAAGACACUAAUGCUUCUGACCUAUUCAAGCUCUAUGAGGACCUCUUCUUCACUGAGAAUCAGAGAGCAAGCAUGUUCAGAGAAGGUAUUCAAUCUACAGAUCUUUCAAAAAUCAGAUGCGAUGCUGGAAAUAAGAAGACCUCUGGUGUUGAUAAAGAGAAGAAACUCAAUCAAGUCAAUGGAAACAUGUACAGGAUUCCAUUGGAUCAUGAGAUUUUAAAAGAUCAUGGAGUCUUUUUCCCCACAGCUCUUUCUCAUGAGCUUCUCAGUUGA